UCUCUCUCUCCCUCUCUCUCUCUCACGCACGCGCACACAGCCGGUUACGGCGGGUCGGUCGGUCUCACCGCGCGCGCUGCUCGUGGAUGUGAACCGGAGACGAACGGGGUCGGUGGAUUGUUGUUUUCCUGUAAAUUUGCCCCUUUUUAACAGGAGUUCUUCGCCGGAGCGUCGGCGCCGCGGGAACCGAUCCCCAGUUGGCUGCAUCCUUUGACCUCUGACCCCCCGAUGGUCCUGAAGCGAUGACCCACCUUCAUGAUCAUCACCACCCCCCUCACCAUGGCCGCCCGUCCCCUCGGUGACCGAGCCGUCCGCCGCCUCCCGUCCAAUCGGCUGCUGGAAUGCACGUGAUGGGCAGCGUCUCCCCGGCCAAUGAGAGGCGGGGAUUCACCCUCCAAGAGGAGGGUGUGGCUGUCGCCGUGCCAGCGUCUCCUCCCUUGAGAUUUUCUGAUAUCGAAGUUAACCGGACGAAACCGCCUCCCCCUGCUCCCCUUCCUCCCCCUCCUCCUCCACCUCCUCCACCUCCUCUUCUUCCUCCUCCUCCUCCCCUUCCGCCCCUGCUUCCAGGGCUGGGAGACCCCGCCGGAGGAGGCCUGAGGAAGAAGAAUAGAGUGAGGAGUUUCUUCUGGAAAAAGAUCCCGGAGGAGCAGGUGAAGGGGCGGGCCAACCUCUGGACUCAGGGUGGCGUGCAGCAGCAGUACCAGAUCGACGCGCAGACCAUCGAGGAGCUGUUUGGUCAGGGCGACUGUCAAUCAAACGCAAAGGCCACGCCCUCCAGGGGAGGGAGGGUCAGGAGCUCAUUCAGAGAAACCAAAGACGAGGUCUGCCUGCUGGACUCGAAGCGAGGGAUGAACAUCAGUAUUUUCCUCAAACAGUUCAAGAGGUCCAGUCGGACGAUAGUGGACGAUAUCCGCCAUGGCAACGGCGAGCCGUACGGGGCGGAGCCUCUGAGAGAGCUGCUCAAACUGCUGCCGGAGACGGAAGAGGUGAAGACGCUCAAGUCGUUCCGGGGCGACGUCUCGAAGCUCUCAUUGGCCGAUUCCUUCGUGUACCUGCUGGUCCAGCUCCCCAGCUUCUCAGUCCGGAUCGAGUCCAUGCUGUUGAAGGAGGAGUUCCCCGCGGCGUGCGACGCCAUGAGGCGAGACAUCAGGAUCCUUCGCUCCGCCACCGAAGAGUUGAUGAGUUGCGAGGAGCUGCAUGCUGUUCUCCACCUGGUGCUGCAGGCGGGUAACAUCCUCAACGCUGGAGGCUACGCAGGAAACGCCGUGGGCUUCAAGCUGUCGUCCCUCCUGUCGCUGGCCGACACCAAGGCCAACAAACCGGGCAUGAACCUGCUGCACUUUGUCGCCCUGGAAGCUCAGAAAAAGGACGAGCGGCUGCUGGACUUUCCCCUGAAGCUGAGUCACGUCCAGGCUGCAGCCAGGAUCUCCUUGGAGACGCUGGACGGUGAACUGCAGCUGCUGACGUCUCGCACGCGCUCAGUGGAGGAGAGCGUACGGAGAGACACGGAGCUGCUGCAGCAGCUGGACGACUUCCUGCAGUCGGCGGCCUCGUCUCUGUGCUCGCUGCGAGGAAGCCGGCAGCAGCUGAAGACGGAGGGCAGCGAGCUGAUCGACUUCUUCUGCGAGGACAGAGACGCGUUCAGACUGGACGACUGCUUCGGCAUCUUCCGCACCUUCUGCUCCAGGUUCACCGGCGCCGUCAAGGAGAAUCUGGAGAGGGAGGCGAAGGAGGCGACCCGGCGCCGCCGCCUGCAGGAGCUGGAGGAGCAGAAGAGGCACUCCUGGGCCGGGGGGGAGGAGGUGGGCGGAGGCUUCAGGCUGCGCUGCAGCAGCGAGACGGACAUGUCCCGCCGCGAUGGGGCUGGUCUCUUGAUGAUGGAUCUCCUGACUCCCAGGUCCUGCCCCCGCUCGCCCCUCAAUAACUCCGUCUGCCCCCUGGGGCGCUCGGGAAGUGUGCGACGUUCCCGGAACUCUCCGUCCAGCUCGCCGUCCGUGGCGGCGGAGCGUGACCUGAGCAUGCUCCUAGAAAUGGCGGCGCAGAGGGGAGGAGGAGGAGGAGGAGAGGCUUUCGGAUCGGCCUCACCUAAACCCAGGCUUGGGAGUCCGGGCCUCUCUCCUCAGGCUCUGCCCCAAAGUCCGAGGGUGACGACAUGCAGCUCCCUCCAAAACCAGCAGCCUCCAGCGGGCGACACGGCGCCGCCGUCGCUCCCCGAGACCUCUCGGUAUCCAAACACACACCACGCAGCCGCAGUGAACCUCAGCCACGACGCUCCCCAGACUCCAGGAGUUGCCUUUAAUGCCGCUAAGAACGUUACAGUGAAACCUACCUCCGAUUUCAAUCAGCAACCCGACCACAACAACAACAGCAGAGGUCGACGUGGCCCGGGUCGGGCGCUCGACCCGUCAGACCACGAGAGUCAAUCUGCUCUGAACGGGACACAAACUCGAGUGCACAAAGCCGAUCUGGACUUUAGUGACGAGAGGGUUGAACACAACACGACGGGCGACAUGUCUGUGGUCUUAGAGACGUGCACGCUGGUGCCUGAGCUGAAAGUGUUUGACCAGGUCGCCGCCUCGACCAGCCGCCGCCAUGGACAUCACCAUGACGAUGUGGUCAUCACAGAUUUGGAGGAGGAGGAGGGAGCAGAGAAGUCCCGGGUCGGGAAGCAACAGAUUGGUUCUGAGAGAAGCUCCUCUUCGUCACGAAGAGAUGAAGAGGAGGACGCGGUGGUUGUGUGGUGUGUGACGGGCGUGUGUGAGGCCGGCGACCACACACACAUAGACCAUGCACACACUGAGAGGGAUCAGUGUCGCAGUGACAAUCAGGGAGGAAGUCGGCAAGCUUCCUCUGCCGAAGCCGGUCAUGCGGCGUCCGGACCUCAGCCGGCCAAUGAGAAGUCAGUGCCUGUUCCCAUCAGCAGCCAACCAGUGCCUGUGUCCCGCUGUGACGACCCGUCCUUUACGGACUCUUCGCCCGGUAGGCGCCCAGCGAAGCCCGCGUCGGCAGACGAAGUGCCCGCCCUCACCACAGAUGCCUCGGAGGAAGCUACGGAACCGGCCAAUCAGGGAGAUGGAGCAGAGAGCUCCACCAAGGAAACAGACGACAGCGGGAGAAACAACGCCGAUUCUUCUCCAAUGACCAAUGAAAACACAGAAUCGGCGUCCACCAUUGAAAAGGCGAAACCAGCAGCUUCCUCCAACCUAUCCGCCAAGAACACCCCUACCUCAAAAACACGAGCCGCUGGGAUGAAACCCAACACGACUCCGAAAACCGCUUCCCCCGCCAACAAACCCAAACCCGUCCGCACCCUCACCAACUCCGAGAACCAAGGCAUGAGGCGGGUCGUGCCGAUCUCCCGAAAAAACCGAGUUGCCCCGACCCCUGGCGAAUGCCCUGAGAAGCCCGGCCCCCGGCGAGGAUCCUCCGGCACCGGUCUGACCGUCUCCGACCUCAACGGCACCUCCGUGCGACGACGGGGAGAGGAGCGCCCCUCCACCGCUCCUUCCUCCCGGCGGUCCAGCGUCCACAAGACGCACGACCCCAAGGUCUCGGGCACUCGGGCCACCGCCCGCGAGCAGCAGAACCAGGACUUGCAGAGGAAGCCGUCCAUCCGAAAACCUCUAGCAAAACCCAAACCGCAGCAGGAGGAGAAGAUGUGUCGCUCAACGCUGCGAGCGCUCAGUCAGGCCGGAGGAGGAGGAGGAUGCAGCGUCAGCGCCCCCACGACCCCUUUGCACAAAGCCACAUCCCCGUCGUCACCACUUCCGGGUUUCGCCCGGAGCACCGCCUCCUCUUCUUUUAGGCGGACCAACGCCUCCCUCGUUCGGACCGCUACGCCUGGCUCAGACUCCGCCCACAAAUCCUCCCCUAAGACGACCACCACCACCUCUUCCUUCGCCGGCCCACCCAACGCCUCCUCGCCGUUUGCCCGAACUGGCUCGCUGAGGGUCGCCGCCGCCUCCUCCUCCAGAUCUUCCGAUCUCCUCAACCCGCCGUCGACUUCCUCCUCCUCCUCCUCCCCUCUGAGGCGGUCUCCAAGCAUCAAGGCCCCCCUUUGCUCACCCCUCCACGACUCCCUGACUCCAACCAGAGGCCACAGGCGGAACGACAGCGGCAGCUUCUCCGACAAAUCAGGUCACUCUCGGGACUCGGCCAAGGCCACCAGGCCGGGCUGGAGAUAACAGGAGGCGUCUGAGGCUGCAUUCCAACAUGGCGUCUCCUGCUCCUCCCCUCCCUACUGGACAUAGAAGGGACACAUUCCAAUAUGACAUACGACAUCUUAUUCCUGACAAACAAGGGAGGCUACAUUCCAAAAUGAAAGCACAGACACAGUUUCCUAUUCCCUGAGAUUGAAAAGGCUUCGGUCAGAAAUGAAGAUUAAUUUAUUUUUUCCCUCCGGCUGGUUGUGAAAUUGAUGCAUUUGAUUUUUCAAAAAAGCAAGUCCAUUAUGUUCACUACUUGCUCCAGAAGAUGAAGAAGAAGAUUUUUUUAGGAGAUUUGUUGACGACUGGAUUCAACCACGUCAUCGUUUUGAUUCUGCACCUUUAACUUCAACUAACCAACCUGAGGGACUUCUCCGUUGGCCACGGAGUGAAAUAGAAAAUAUAUUAUCCUCAUAAUUAUUAUUGUUAUUAAAAAGAAUUAAAAUCACUCAGAAUCAUGUAGUAAAAAAAAUAGACAAGGAGAUUUUUUUUUAAGUCUCUGAUUUGAAACAACAGCGUCUGACUGGGAAAAGUCUGCAGUGCCAAGUUUGUUAAUAUGAAGAUAUUUGUAUGUUUGUGUAUAUCUAUUUAUGUAUGUAUGAUGUAAUGUAGCUACUAUUUGAUACGUAUAUAAUCUAUCUUCCAAUUAAUAAAGUAUUAUUCCUCCAA